UGCAGCAGCAUGUUCAGCUACCUCAGCGAGACGCUCAACAUCAAGAACCUCGGCGAGCUCAUUGCGCCGACGCUGACGCCGGAGCAGCAGCUGCACCAAGCCAUCAGCGACGGCCUCCCGGAGAAGGUCCGCCACCUCCUCGACGAUGUCAAGGUCAGCGUCAACGCGCGCACGCCAGAGGGCUCGUACCCGAUCCACUCGGCGGCGUACGCCGGCCGCGUCGACAUCUUCAACCUCCUCCUCGAGCGCGGCGCCGACAUUACGACGCUCGGGCCGCGCGGAAACACGCCGCUGCACCUCGCCUGCGCGCAAGGCCACUUUGAGCUGGCCAAGCUUCUCGUUAGCCGCGGGGCCAACGUCGCCCAGCGCAACCAGAGCGCCCGCACGUCGUACGACGUGGCCAAGGGCGACAGUUUGCGCCAGUUUCUGCUCCCGCUGCAGUUCCAGCACGAAGACCCGACCGAGCGCGCGGCCGCAGUGCAGCAGGCCCACCAGAUGGGCUUGACGGGCUUCCACGACCCGACGAUGCCGCAGGCUGCGAUCGCGCCGCCGCCAACGAGCAUGCCGCCCAUGGGGGGUGGGUACCAAGACGCACCGAUGGCGAAUGACCCGCACGCGGCCCUGUACGCGCCGCCGACGCACAGUGCGAUUCCCCGGGGCACCGCCGCCCGUCGGGACCCCAAGGUCACGCGGCCCAUUGUGGCUGACGGCUUUGGGUCGAGCGUCGGCAAUGCGGAGCUCACUGCGUUUUAUGGCAACACGGUGUCGAUCAACCAAGCGGUGCCGCCGCCGCCCGUCAUGUCCGGUCCGCCGGCCCACCAAAUGACGGCCGCACCGGCGAUGGCGCCAGCCCCCGCGCCGCGCAAGAGCAUUCCACCCCAGUUCAAGAUCUUCAAUCCCAAGCUGGCCCAGCAAAACCACAGCCAAGACGGUAGUGGUCGUCCCCAGUCGGCCGGCCACCAGCACCCCGAGCCCGCAGCAUCAGCGGCGUCGUUCGGUCCGAGCUCGGGCCCGUCGGCCUUUGCCCCGCAGCAGCAGCCGUCGUUUGGGACGUACCACGCAGCGCCCGCGUACAACACGUCGUCCUUUGGCCACCAACAGCAGCAGCAGCAGCAGCAUGCGUUUCCGCCGUCGCCCGAUGGCCGCUACGUGCAAGAGGAGUCGGUGGACUUUUCGGCCCACACGAGCGCACUGCAGUAGUAGCCUAGGAAAAUAACGAUCGAGUAAAAACGAGUUGUAUGU